UGAAGUAACAGUUUCAUGUUUCAUUAAUCAUAGGCUUAUAACUAAAAGAGAAAAAAAAAAAAGGGCAAAAUAUUCAUCAUAUGGAAAGAAAUAACCUACCCUCCGAAUUAAGAGAAAAGAAGUUGCCUUCAACCAGGAAGGGACAGAGACAAAUACAAUUUGAUAAAAGAAAUUACUUUGAGUCUUGAAAGAUAACAAAUAAAAGGAGAGAAUUUUCUCUCUCUAGAUAUCUAGAGAGAAGUAGGCUUGCUUGUAAUUCAAUAACAAUAGAAAAAUAGAUGUUAUGGUUUCAAUUUCCAACCUUCUCUGACAUAAGAAAUGAGUUCAAUGUGAUAGGGAACUAUGUGAGUACUCAAAACAUAUUUGCUACUUAGAUGCCACAAACACUAAUAAAGAAAUAAUAAUUAUUAUAUGUUUUCAAAAAAAAGUUAUUAUUAUAUAUAAUUAAUAAUAAAAUUACAAUAAUUCUUGAUAAAAAAAAAAAAUUGGUGGAGGACCCAACAACCAGCUCAGCCUUGUCCGUCGUCAGACGCCUUUCCUUUUAACUAAGACACCCUUCGUGCUUUUCCUUUCUUCAAUAAUUCUCCCAUUAUAAUUUCUCCUUUUCAUGCAGCUCAAAGCCCCUUUAUUCUCUGCCUUCUACACUCUGCUUUCUUUUUCCUUUACAUUCCUUCCAAGCCCAAGAAAAUUAACCCACUUUCCGUCCAAACAAACAACCAUAACCAACCAUCCAAUUCUCUCUUUCUUUCAGAACCAUAAUACCCCACUAGGAUUCUCUCUUCCCAAACAACAACAACAAAAGAACAAGCAGAGAAGAAAAGAUCGAAAUGGCAGAGUUUGACUAUCAAGAUCUUGUAAAAGCCACUGAAGGAUUCUGUCCAUCAAGACUCAUAGGUAAAGGAAGCCAUGGAUCAGUCUACAAAGGAAUACUGCUUGAAGAAAAUAAAGUUCUUGCAAUCAAGAAAUCGUCCAUUGGUAUUGAUCAUGUCUCCAAUGACAACUCCAAGAAACUCGAGAAUGAAAUUUGUAUAUUAUCAUCUCUGCGUGAUCAUCAAAGUCCAUAUAUCAUCAACUUUCUUGGAACGAGUCAUGACUCGGCUGCAGCUGCUAGCAAUAAGGAGAAGAUCAGCAGCAGAAAGCUUCUGGUCAUGGAGUUCAUGCCCAAUGGUUCUCUUCAUGAAAUGUUGCAUGUAGUCCAAACUCCACCUUCUUGGCCUAAACGUGUAGAGAUCGCUCUCCAAAUCGCUAGGGCAGUGCAAUUCCUUCAUGAAAACAAUCCUUUGGUUAUCCAUAGAGACAUCAAAUCUGCUAAUGUUUUGUUCGACGCAAAUUGGAACGCUAAGUUGGCAGAUUAUGGACUCGCCAUGUCGUCGCCAUUCGACUCAUUGAGUCACCAGGCGAGUCAACCAGCGGGGACUAUAGGGUACAUAGACCCUUGUUACAUUACUCCUAGCAAACUAAGUACUAAAAAUGAUGUGUUUAGUUAUGGGGUAGUACUACUAGAAAUUAUAAGCAGCAGAAAAGCCUUUGAUGUUUCUAAGGCACCAGCUUCAAUCGUAGAAUGGGCAACACCACUAAUUCAAAAGGAUAGGGUACCCAUUAAAGAAAUUUGUGACCCAAGAAUUGGGUUGCCACCACACAUGGAGGGCACGAUUAGGCACUUGCUAAAUGUGGCUGCACGUUGUGUGUCUUCCAAGGGAGAAAAUCGCCCAUCAAUUGGUGAAAUUGUUAUGGAGAUGGAUAGUUAUUGCUUGGUUGAAAGAGUAAAAGUGGUAGUAGCCAGCCCAAGCAGCUGGACCAGCCUUAUAAGGGGUUUGAUUCUGAUGAGAAGGCAAAGAAGAUUAGCCAAGAAAUAUAAGAGAAAAUGUGAAGAUUAUAGUGAGAUUUCUAAAGGGAAGCUCCUGUUAAGGGAGAUAUUGGCAGAUACAUAGAGGUCUUGAUCAAGAACUGAGUCAAUCAACUCGACUGGGUCAAAUGAUGAAUGGGUUUGGAUUAAAUUAAUGAUAAGAUGAAGCUGAAGUCCAAGCAGAAGAUUCCCAAAAGUUGGUGAAGAAUAAAACAAAGAUUGGUUGUGAUGCCCUGUCAUUCUAUUGUGAUGUUACAGAUCUGCUUUAUUUUGCUUCUUCUUUUGCUUUUAUGAUCAUACAUAUACUUUUGGAGAUUAGUUAUUUUAAUAGGAUAUUCUAUA